GUCCCGCGUCAGCAGGCACGGUGAGAAUUUCAGCCCUGCGGGUUGGCUGCCAUGUCGUACCGACAGGAACUGGAGAAAUACCGCGAUCUGGAUGAGGAUAAGAUCCUUAGUGCGCUGACAGAGGAAGAGCUCAGGACACUAGAGAGCGAACUGGAAGAGCUGGACCCUGAUAAUGAUUUGCUGCCGGUGGGACUCAGACAGAGGGACCAGACCAAAAAGUCUCCGACGGGCCCGUUCAAAAGGGAGGAGCUCCUGGAGCACCUAGAAGAGCAGGCCAAGGCGAUGAAGGACCGGGAAGACCUGGUGCCCUUCACCGGAGAGAAGAGAGGUUUCAGCUGGUUACCAUGUGCACCUGUAAUUCCUUUACUGGACCAGCUUCUGCUGGAGCCAGCUGCCCGAGUGCCAUUGACCUCACUUUGUAUAUCCGAUGCAGAGCUCUGCGACAUUGCUGCCAUCCUUGGCAUGCACACGCUGAUGAGUAACCAGCAGUACUACGAGGCGCUCGGGAGCAGCACCAUCGUUAACAAGGAAGGCCUGAACAGUGUGAUUAAGCCCACACAAUAUAAACCAGUUCCCGACGAAGAACCCAAUUCAACAGAUGUGGAAGAAACUUUGGAGCGAGUAAAGAACAAUGACCCUGAACUCGAGGAAGUCAACCUUAAUAAUAUUCGGAAUAUUCCCAUACCCACGUUAAAAGCAUACGCCGAAGCUCUGAAGACUAAUUCCUAUGUGAAGAAGUUAAGCAUAGUAGGCACAAGAAGCAACGACCCAGUCGCCCACGCACUGGCAGAGAUGUUAAAAGCCAACGGUGUACUGAAGAGCUUGAACGUAGAAUCCAACUUCAUCUCUGGGUCAGGGAUCCUGGCUCUGAUGGAGUCACUCCAGCACAAUACCUCGUUGAUAGAGCUCAAAAUUGACAACCAGAGCCAGCCGCUGGGCAACAAGGUGGAAAUGGAGAUUGCAAACAUGUUAGAAAAAAAUAGCUCCCUCUUGAAAUUCGGAUAUCACUUUACGCAGCAAGGCCCCCGGCUUCGUGUGUCUAACGCCAUGAUGAACAACAACGACCUUGUGAGGAAGAGGAGACUUGCCGACUUGAAUGGGCCGUUCUAUCCCAAGUGCCGAACUGGGGUGUAGCUCCCGGCUGUGAAAAUCGUGCCUGGUGGUUUGUGCUAUUCUGUGGAAAUCCGAUGGCAAAGUGCCUGCACAGAAAGAUCCGUGGUGCCUACGCUCUGUGUUGCAUCCUUAUGCACUAAAGGUUUAAAUUAACUAGUGAUUGUAGGUGAUGAUUUGAUCAAACAUGACUACUGAUGUUUUCUUUAGAGUCAAGCCAAUCCAGUUACAGCAAGUUGCCAAUUUUAAGCAGUCUCAGUUUAGGAUACAUCCCAGCACAAAAGUGACUGUUAAUUCAUGACUUGAUUUCUCUUAGGAUUUCCUGUGUGGUGUUUCAGAUAUAUUUAGGGUGUGUUAUGCAUGAGUGGAAAAAAUUACUGCUCUACACAAGUUGCAUAAGUAUUUAAAAAUACUUUUAUUUUUUCAACUUGCUCUCAAGUAUUAGAUACAUUAGCUGUUGGACAAGCAUUUCUACUCUCCUACCACGUUUCUACUGUCCCUUUUAGGAACUUGUAAAUUACAGUUAAAUACCAACAUUUACUCCAAUGUUUGUAGACAAGAUGUCAAAACCACCCAUAUUUUCCCUAAAAGAAUUCAUCACUCCCCCCACCAAACACAAAGAACACGAGGCCACUGAUUAUGAAGUAACAGCUCCAUCAAAACAGAGCAGUCAUUAUUGAAUGGGCUGGUUGAAAUCUUCCAGUCUCCUUUCACGUGGCUGUGGAAAACCAUUGCUUUGAGAGAUUGGGAAGGAAAUCCCGACUCCACUGAAGUAAGGAGCAAACUCUCAUUGGCUUCAGUCGGGGCAGGAUUUCCCCCUGGACCGUCUGUUGGAAAUGUGUCCGUGGUGUUUCUACUGGGCCUUGUAACGAGUGCACUGAAGCCCUCACUUGAAGUCUGGUUUUCUGGCUGGACAACCAUGUUAUUUAUCUGCAAAACUUCUUGUUCUGCUGGAGACUUUAUUUUACCAACAUCCCAGGUUUCUGAAUAGUUCACCCUACUAACAACAUGACUUGAAAAUGCCCCGCCCAGGAACCCGUGUCGUUCAGGGGGCCAUCUGAGUAGUUGGAUAAACACACGAGGCAGCUGGGCUUGUGUGGGUGAUGUCUUUCUAGGGAGGAAUUUCCCGCGGGUCAAGGAGCGGGUACCUCCCCCGCAGGCCAUUACACCCACCCCGACUCCCAGGGAUGCCAGCGGACGUUUGGCUGCACAGCAGGCUGUCUGCCCAGGCAGAACCACUGCCAACCGAGGGCCUUUGUUCAUGCACUGAAAGCCUCCAGCCAGCCUUCUUCACUGAACAACCUUCUGCCUGCUGCCGUUCCCACUGGAGGGCUGCAGUCUGCGCACUGUGUAUUACAGCAAAACUUCCACCCAUUUCAGUAGCAUUUUUGCAUGAGUCAGGCUUGGCCCCGAUUUACUGUAGCUCUGACUGUCACACGGGAACCUGGCGCGGGCAAUAUAAGCGUGUUUGGCUGCUGCUCGUCAAAGCCUAAUAAAUGUCUCCUACGUGACAACGAAAA